AUGCCUGUCGCUGAGGAUAAACAAGAAGCGCCUAUCGCCCUUCCAUCAACCUCUGAAGUUAAAUCGGAAGAUGUUAAACCUCAAACCGACUCACAGCCAGCUCCAGUAGAAGAAACGAAACCAGAACCAGAAUCUGAAGCUAAAAGCGCUGAUAAAGCAAUUGAAGCCGAAAUAAAGACCGAAAAUGCUCCAGCAGAAGCCUCUCUGGAACCUAAAGCAGAGGCUAGUGUUGAUGUUAAAAAUGAAGAAGCAGUCGAAGCUAAAUCGGCUAUUCCAGAGAGCUCUGAACCAGAAAACAAACCUGAGACCAGUGAACCAGCCAAACCUAUUGAAGAAAUCCCUAAAGUAAAAGCUGCAGUCGUAGAAGAGGCUGCUCCCGAAGAAAUUCCUCAAGUAAAGGCUGCGAUUGAAGAAGAGGCUAAACCUGUAGAAAGCCCUGCAAAAAUUGAAGAAGUGAGCAAUAUACCAGCAACUAAGUCAGUUAUCUCUGAAGAUGUAAUUGAUGUGGUUAGUGUAAUUAAAAAUGAAGCUGCUGUAGCUGAUGAUAUUAUUGAUCUUGCCGCGAUCAACCUAUCCGAUUCUCAGCCAGUAGUAACAGCUAAAAGCGCUGAACCUGAAAAGAAAGAUGACGCUAUCGUUAGCGACUCGGCUUCAGUAAAAGCUGGCCAAGCAGAGGAGAGCAAAUCAGUAGAGCCAAAGCCCGAGGAAAAGCCCGCUGAAUCUCCCGCUGCCUCAGACGCAGUUGCCGCACCAAAAUCAGCUGCUGUAUCCGAUGACGCCACGCGUGUGAUUCGUGAUGCAGUUGAUGAGAAACAAACUGAAGUUCAACAACCAGAAGCAAAAGCCGUUGCUGAAACAAUUAAAGAUGAAGUUAAGCCUGCUGAAGAUCCCAAAGUAGAGGAAAAAUCUGCAAGUCCAGCUGAAGAAAUCGCUGCACCUAAAGAAGAGGCACAGCCGGCUGCAGUAGAGGAAAAGAGCGCAGUCAUCGAGGCCAAAGCCGCUGAGAUACCUAAAGAAGCCGAAAGCAAAGACGCAGUAGCCCCCGUUCAGGCCGUCGAAGCUAAGAGCGAAGCUAAGCCUAAAGCGGACGAAAUCAUGAGUGACGCUCCAGCCAAUGAGAACAGUUCUGACGAAAGUAACGAGAACUCAGAAAAGAACGCAGAAAGCGCAGAGAAAGACUCAUCAGAGGAAAGCGGCGAAAAAUCAGAAAGCGCUAAACCU